AUGGAGACGAAGAGCAGCAGCAGCAGCUCAUUGAAGAUAAUCCACAACGUCAUGAUCGUCACCAUGGAUCCCGAGAGUCGAGUUUUCAAGAACGGAGGGAUCGUUAUCGAACAAGAUAAAAUCAAAGCCAUCGGUCAAUCCUCCGAUAUUCUCUCCCAAUUUUCCUCUCUCGCUCACCACCGCCAAAUCAUCGAUCUUCACGGCCAUAUCUUACUCCCCGGACUCAUAAACACGCACGUGCACACAUCGCAACAGCUAGCGAGAGGGAUAGCUGAUGAUGUUGAUCUGAUGACAUGGUUGCAUCAUCGCAUUUGGCCUUAUGAAUCUAAUAUGACUGAGGAGGAUUCUUAUCUUUCUACUCUACUUUGUGGAAUUGAACUCGUUCACUCUGGUGUAACUUGCUUUGCUGAAGCAGGGGGGCAGUAUGUGUCUGGAAUGGCUCGUGCUGUUGAGAAAUUGGGCUUGCGCGCCUGCUUAACUGAGUCGAUUAUGGAUUCUGGUGAGGGUUUGCCUUCAUCUUGGGCUAUGCGAACUACGGAUGACUGUAUUCAGUCUCAAAUGGAACUUUAUGAGAAGCAUAAUGAUACCGCAGAUGGAUGCAUUAGAGUAUGGUUUGGAAUUAGGCAAAUUAUGAAUUCAACUGAUCGCCUACUACUUGAAACUAGAAACGCAGCUCAGGAACUGAAAACUGGAAUCCACAUGCAUGUUGCAGAAAUACCUUAUGAGAAUCAAUUCGUGAUGGGUACUCGGAAAGUUGAACAUGGGACUGUUACGCACUUGGAGAGGAUAAAUUUCCUUCAAAACAACUUACUUUCAGCUCAUACAGUUUGGGUUGACGACACUGAGAUUGGCUUUCUUUCAAGGGCUGGUGUCAAAGUAUCUCACUGUCCCGCUGCUGCUAUGAGAAUGCUUGGUUUUGCUCCUAUUAGGGAAAUGCUUGAUUCUGGCAUUUGUGUUUCCUUGGGAACAGAUGGGGCACCAUCAAAUAAUAGAAUGAGCAUUGUUGAUGAGAUGUAUCUAGCUUCUUUGAUCAACAAAGGUCGGGAAGUAUAUGUGAAGGGAACAACUGAUCCUACAGCUCUCCCAGCUGAAACAGUUCUCAGAAUGGGGACCAUAAAUGGUGCAAAAACAGUGCUCUGGGAUAAUGAAAUAGGAUCGCUUGAAAUUGGGAAAAAGGCUGACAUUACUGUGAUCCAUCCCAACUCAUGGUCCAUGGUCCCCAUUCAUGACUGCAUUUCAAGCCUCGUGUACAGUAUGAGGACUGAGAACGUUGUCUCUGUAAUGUGCAAUGGCAAAUGGAUUAUGAGGGACAAGAAGAUAUUGAAUGUGGAUGAGGGAGAAGUUAUGUUAGCAGCAAAGGAAGCUUCUAGGCAACUUUUGAAGAGGGCUGGUAUCAACAUACCCAACAGAAUGAAUGUCCUCUGA